AUGCAAAUCUUUGUCAAAACUCUCACGGGCAAGACCAUCACUCUUGAGGUCGAGUCGUCCGACACCAUCGACAAUGUUAAGUCGAAGAUUCAGGACAAGGAGGGUAUCCCGCCUGACCAACAGCGCUUGAUUUUCGCUGGCAAGCAGCUUGAGGAUGGCCGUACCCUGUCGGAUUACAACAUCCAGAAGGAAUCCACCCUUCACCUCGUUCUCCGCCUUCGUGGUGGUAUGCAGAUCUUCGUCAAGACCCUUACCGGAAAGACCAUCACUCUUGAGGUCGAGUCAUCCGACACCAUCGACAACGUCAAGUCGAAGAUCCAGGACAAGGAGGGUAUUCCUCCUGACCAACAGCGCCUGAUUUUCGCUGGCAAGCAGCUUGAGGAUGGCCGCACACUGUCCGAUUACAAUAUCCAAAAGGAGUCCACUCUCCAUCUUGUCCUGCGACUUCGUGGUGGUAUGCAAAUCUUCGUCAAGACUUUGACUGGAAAGACGAUCACAUUGGAAGUCGAGUCCUCGGACACGAUUGACAAUGUCAAGUCAAAGAUUCAGGAUAAAGAAGGCAUUCCUCCCGAUCAACAGCGUCUUAUCUUUGCCGGUAAGCAGCUCGAGGACGGCCGAACGCUGUCCGAUUACAACAUUCAGAAGGAGUCUACUCUCCACCUUGUCCUCCGACUACGUGGUGGUAUGCAAAUUUUCGUCAAGACGCUCACUGGCAAGACUAUCACAUUGGAAGUGGAAUCCAGCGAUACUAUUGACAAUGUCAAGUCAAAGAUUCAAGACAAGGAAGGCAUUCCCCCUGACCAACAGCGUCUUAUCUUUGCUGGCAAGCAGCUGGAAGACGGUCGCACCCUCAGCGACUACAAUAUCCAGAAGGAGAGCACCCUGCAUCUCGUUCUCCGUCUUCGUGGCGGCCAGUAG